GCGGCGGCGGGGCGCGGGGCUAAUAAAAACAAAAAAUAAAGACAGGAGGAAAUGGAAAAAAGCUCGUUGCUGGCGGUAAGGGUGGGGGCAGAUCUGCCGUCCUCGGAGCUCGUGCAUUUCUCGGUGUGCCACCCCGCGAUGCCGGGAUUAGGUGGAUGGUCUGGGAGCUGUAAUCCCAGCCUGGCUUUCAGAACGAGCCUUUCCGUGAAAAGGAGUACACAGCGCCUGGGGCUGCUGGGUUGGGCAGUGCAUGGGGGCGGUGGGAGCAGCGGUGCUGUGUCCCUUCGGAGCCGCUGCAGCAGCGCGCGGCUUUCCCCUGGGAUGCGGCGGGACCGGCCGGCCUCCAGCACACACCCUGGCCUAGAGCCUGCCUUCGGGCUUGCUGUAAAAUAAACGUGCUUCAUCACCGUGGUCUGAGGGGAAGGAAAUAAAAAAAAAAAGGAAUUUGUGUGUUCUGGGGUGCUUCCAGCACUGAUCCUAAGUGAUGCCGGGAGCCCGCGCCGCAGGACUGCGGCCUGCGCGGGGCGGUGAAGGCUCCGGGCUCCCCGGGGCUCCCCCGCUGGCAUCCCCCGCUGGCAUCCCCGCGUGCCCGAGGCCGGCCCUCGUGCUGAUCCCUGCCCGGGACACGCGGGUCUGAGCCCAGCCCGCUCCUUGGAGCGGAGCAGGGAAGUAUUCCCCGCCUGACUCCCCCCGUGUGCCUUCGCAGGAACCAGAAACUUCAGGAGAGUCAAAACAGCUCCUCGGCAUUUAUUAGCACGUAUUAUCAUCUGCUUGUUUAUUGUUGAUAGGUACAGACGUGACAGAUCAUGACGAAAUUAAUGAGUGAAAAUAAUACAUUGAAAACCAGUGGUUGUAAAGCACCAUCGUGGUCUAAAAUCCUCUUAAGUCUCGGUACAGCCACUUAGAGAAGAUGACAGAUUUGGUGGCUGUUUGGGAAGUAGCUUUAAGUGAUGGUGUUCAUAAGAUUGAAUUUGAACAUGGGACCACUUCAGGAAAGCGUGUUGUCUAUGUUGAUGGAAAGGAAGAAAUAAGAAGAGAAUGGAUGUUUAAAUUAGUGGGUAAAGAAACAUUCACUGUUGGAGCUACUAAGACUAAAGCUGCUAUUAACAUUGAUGCAGUCGGUGGCUUUGCAUAUGAAUAUACUUUGGAGAUCAAUGGAAAGAGUCUCAAGCAGUAUAUAGAGAACAGGUUAAAAACAACCAAUACUUGGAUAUUGAGCUUGGGAGGCACAGACUAUAGAAUUGUUCUAGAAAAGGACACUAUGGAUGUGUGGUGCAACGGUCAAAAAAUGGAAACAGCGGGUGAAUUUGUGGACGAUGGGACUGAGACUCACUUCACUGUUGCUGACCACAGCUGUUGCAUUAAGGCUGUCAGUAGUGGGAAACGAAAGGAAGGAAUUAUUCAUACCCUCAUUGUGGAUGACAGAGAAAUCCCAGAGGCUGUGGAAUAGCCUCUGGUUAACUAUUAUGGUAGGACUAAGAUCAGGAAUUUUCAAUUACUGUGGUAAUUAUUUUAAUAUGUACUACUUGGUACAUCUAGAUUGUGCUGGGUUUAUUUUCUAGUUUCUGUACACUAAAUUAUUAUUUUUGAGGACCAGAUGAAAAUAAUUAUGUACAACCUCUUACAUUACCAGCUUUUAAAAAAAGCUAUAUAUAUCUAGAAUAUAUAGCAUAUUCACUACGUGUGGAGAACACUAGUAAAACAGAAAUUAUAUGUUAGGAAAAAUCAUGCUAUAAUAAAAUGAAAGAUAAAUAUUCCGUAACACUGAAUCCUUAGCUGCAGGUGUAUGUGGAAUGAAGAGAAAGCCUGUACUGGGCACAGGAGUAAGAUGUUAAAAGCUUUCUCUAGAAUUAUUUUUUCUGUUAAACUGACUACAGACCUUUUCACAUACAGUUAAGAGAAAUUACACAGUUAAUAAAAAGGUUAAUAAUGCAAUACAUAGUUACCAAUACUUGUGUUACAGUAUUAAAUUAAUACUGAGUUAUGAAAACUGUUCUCUAUUCCCACUAGGAGCAAGAUGUUACAUUGUGCCAAAAAUAACAUUCCUUUCUUUCUGUGUUCCGAAAACUGAUGCUGUAGUUCAGAAACUCAUUACUGAGUUUUUUCAAAAAAGAAAAUAGAAGAAAAAAUAAUUCCUGCCAUGAAACCCCUUUAAAAAUAUCUCCUGGAGCAUGCUGACAUAAGAACUUACCUUUGUUCAGUGGUAACAAAUCUGAAAUCUACAACUAUGUGUUUUUAUGGCAGUAAUGUGUGAAUCAAGAAAUAAGAGGAACAAGGGGACAGAAAUGGAAAACCGUUGAUGACUUUAAUGGAAUAGUUAAAAUAGGAAUAGACUAAUUCUGUUUUCAGAAUUGCAGCAUAAUUUCUAAGAGCAACCUUUGGACUUUUUGAGAGCAAAACUCUUGUGUUAGAGACUCACACUACAAAACUCUCUUUGAAACGGCAAGCAUAGCUUGUCUUAAAAAUAAUUUUUAAAAAAAACAAAAUAUGAAUAUAUUAAUCUAAAAGUUUAUUUUGCAAUGGUUAAAAAAUAUUUCCACUUGUAACCUCAGAAUUCAGAAUUAAACUUUUAUAACUUAAUUUAUUUUGGACUUGUGAAUGGCUCCUAGCACUACAACUACUAGCUCAGGAGUUACAGGUGCAGUACAAGCAUCCUGGGUAUCCAUUAACACAUUAUUUUGAAAAGUUUUAUUAAAUGCUAACUUCAUCUGUGUUUUAGAGAUCAGACUGCUCCCCAUCAGCAGGCUUUACGAGAGGAAGUUUCCAGGUACCCAAGUGCUGGACUGAAUCCCCUUUUACACUGGAAUUACUGUAACAGCUCUUGGGCUUUUCCGUGUAUUUGCUUCAGGUCACUGCAGAAGCAAUGUGGGGAUUCCUGGCUACAAGGCUGACAAUGUAAUCUUUACAAGAUGUUGGUAAAGGUAGAUUAAUUGAAAAAUAUCUUCAAGCUGUAGCUUGAACCAGUUCUCUACUAUUUUGUAACCUUUCAAAGAGAUUGAAUGCUGCUGAGAAAUCUGAAGCUCCUGUACAGUACAAAUCACGUUAAGACUACAGAAAAAUACAAGUGAACAGAUAGUGACAUUCAUACUUUUUAUUUUGAAUAUGUGCAUCUACAGUGCUUGAAGUAACUAAUAAAAAAUGUACAGCAACCAUUGUAAGAAA